UUUUUUGCCUUAGAAAAGCCAUUUAUAUGGACAAUUUAGUUCUUCGUUCAUCUCUUGAGGGACAUACAGGAUGGGUUACGGCAAUUGUAUCUUCUUCUGAGAAUCCUAAUAUGAUUGUUUCUGCGUCUAGAGAUAAAACAAUCAUUGUCUGGCAAUUGCUAGAAAAUGGGACAUUUGGAAUACCAAGAAAGGCAUUAAGAGGACAUAGCCACUUUAUUCAGGAUUUGGCAAUUUCGUCAGAUGGUCAAUAUGUACUUUCAGCGUCGUGGGAUAAGACACUUCGGUUAUGGGACUUGAAUACAGGGCAGACUACGAGGAGAUUUGUUGGACAUACAAGCGAUGUGUUGAGUGUUAGUUUUUCUAUGGAUAAUAGACAAAUUGUUAGUGGAUCACGAGAUAAAACGAUAAAACUUUGGAAUACACUUGGAGAUUGCAAAAUGACUAUUCAAGAGGGGGGGCAUUCUGAUUGGGUAUCUUGUAUUCGUUUUUCUCCGUGUCUUAAUAAUCUUGUUACUGUAUCUGCUGGUUGGGAUAAGAUGGUUAAGUCUUGGGAUUUUUCUAAUUUUAAACUUAAAACAAAUUAUAUAGGUCAUAAUGGUUUUAUCAAUUCUGUCACUAUAUCUCCAGAUGGGUCUUUAUGUGCUUCUGGCGGAAAAGAUACCAUAGUCAUGUUAUGGGAUCUUAAUGAAUCUAAACAUUUAUAUUCUUUGGAAGCUGGUGAUAUUAUCAACGCUUUAGUAUUUUCACCUAAUCGAUAUUGGCUUUGUGCUGCUACUGCUACCAGUAUAAAAAUUUUUGAUCUUGAGACAAAAAUUACUGUCGAUGAACUUAAAGUUGAUUUUACAGGUGUUGGAAAAAAAUCUUCUGAUCCAGAAUGUAUUUCUUUAUGUUGGUCUGCUGAUGGGCAGACUCUUUUUUCUGGUUAUACGGAUAGUAUUAUUCGUGUAUGGCAAGUCACUACAUAAA